CGCGCCUAGAGGAGGAGGAGGAGGAGGAAGAAAGAGACCAUAGACUUCCACCAGGGCCUAGAACGGCUGUUAAAUACUAGGGAGAGGAGGGAGGGGCGGGGACCACCUUCAAGGCAGGCCGCUGGCGGUAUCAUGGCGACCCGGAACCCCCCUCCCCAAGAAUAUGAAAGUGAUGACGAUUCUUACGAAGUACUGGAUUUAACUGAGUAUGCAAGAAGACACCAUUGGUGGAAUCGAGUGUUUGGCCACAGUUCCGGACCUAUGGUAGAAAAAUACUCAGUAGCCACCCAGAUUGUAAUGGGUGGAGUGACUGGCUGGUGUGCAGGAUUUUUGUUCCAGAAAGUUGGAAAACUUGCAGCAACUGCAGUAGGUGGUGGCUUUCUUCUUCUUCAGAUUGCCAGUCACAGUGGCUAUGUGCAGAUUGACUGGAAGAGAGUUGAAAAAGAUGUAAACAAAGCGAAAAGACAGAUUAAGAAACGAGCAAAUAAGGCAGCACCUGAAAUCAACAAUAUAAUUGAAGAAGCAACAGAAUUUGUCAAACAGAACAUUGUGAUAUCCAGUGGAUUUGUGGGAGGCUUUCUGCUAGGUCUUGCAUCUUAAGGAUAUCAGUGUUAUAUCACAGUGGAGUCACCUUUGAGAAGUGUGUCAACAAGGUGGUCUCUCAAUAUUACACACCACCAGAGACUCGAGGGCAUCAAGAAACAACUGGCUGGAAAAUACCAAGCUCACAGCUUAGCGUUUUGCCAUCUGAAGUUUGGCAAACUAAUGUCUGCUGUAAAACAACCUAUAUGGUAUGUGUAUAAUAGUAUUUCUGAGCAAAACAUGGCUUUCUGUCAUUUUUUUAAAAUUUGCAUUUGUUUAGAAAUUAAAUUAGUCUAUAAAAAUAUCACCAUUGGCUGUAGAUACGGGCUGAAAAAAAAACAUGUUGGAUGUACUCCCCAAUGAAAUAUUACCCCUGUUUUAUUUAAAUAUGUUCAUUGUGCUCUAUAGUAUAGUGCCAAUAAUUAAAAAUUCAAAUUAUA